AAAUUUUCUUGUACUUCAUUGUAACUGCGGCGUGCCGAGAUUCGAUGUUGUUUCGGUUUGGCACGAGGCUUAUGCAUAGAGUGGCUUGUCGACUGUGCUUGCGGUCGUCACUAGAAGCGACGUAAAGUGGGAGAUCAUUCAAAUAAAGCAACAGAGAGAGUAAUGCAAGAAGAGAAGUAGAGUUGGCAUCGCUGCUGGUCCAUCGGUCUAUUCGUCGUCGAUAAAUGAGAAUAGUUUGUCUUGUGGCUUAAAAUCGUGAACAUUGUCAAAACGUGUGCUUGUUCGCGCAUAAAAUAUUGUGUAUUCAUUUUAUCUGGAAUCCCAGAGACACUUCCAUUCAAAAAAGUGAAAAAAAAUAAAAUAAUUGUGAACCGAAAAAAAAAAUUAAAACGAAAAACAUAUUCGGUGCCGUGUGGUAAACACUUGUCAAAGCUUCCAUCGUUUUCAUCAUCAACAUCAUAAUCCGUUAAAACAUCCAAGAUAUACAAAACGCGAACACCAUUCAAUAAAAAGCUGAAAGCUACGGAGACAGUGCAAGAGAGCAGAAUAUCUAAUGGAGUGAUUAGUGUGUCGAUCGAUGAUUAUUGAUCAAUAAGAUAUUACGAUACAUGAAAACAAUCAAUGAGAUUAAAUUCUUCCAUUUAAAUUCGUCUUCAUUAUGAUACGGUCUGAUGAUGACUUUUUUAGUUUUAUAUUCAAUUAUUUUGGCGUACAAGGGUUUAUCAAAAGCAGAAAGACAAAACAAAGCAGAUUGUGGAAUGAAAAUAUUUCGUCGUGAGCCACGUUACGAUCUAUAUAGUAGUCGAUCAUCGAGAAUAAUUGGUGGGUCAUCAUCAAGCGAGGGUGAAUUUCCUUGGCAAGUUUCAUUAGAAGUGCUACAUCCAAUUUACGGGUUUCUCGGUCAUUGGUGUGGUGGGGUACUUAUUGACAAUUCUUGGGUGAUUUCUGCAGCACAUUGCAUUAAUAAUGAUAUAUUUAAUUUGCCGUUGCCGGCAUUGUGGACAGCGGUUUUAGGUGAAAAUAAUCGACACUUUGAAUCGGGCCAUGAACAACGGAUUUCAAUCGAAAAAAUCAUCACACACAAUCAUUACUCACAUUAUGAUCACGACAUCGUUUUAUUAAAGUUAGCUGAAACUGUCAAAUUGGACACAUUUAUCAAUAAAAUCUGCUUGCCAAUACAAAAUCAAUUUACAUAUUUACUCGACGAACAUUUUUUUAACAAUGUGAUUGAAGAUAGAAAAUUCAGCAUCAACAAAAAAAUUCAACCGGCUCGGAGACGACGAAUAAAUGACAGAUUUAUGCGCUUUGAUAAUGAAGAUAAGCAUCAAGAGAAAAAAAUGUAUUCAAGUUCAGACAGUUUAUACGAUGGUUUGGACAGUAAAUUGGAACCACCGUACCACGAAUGUUAUGCAACAGGUUGGGGAAUGAGCUACGAAGAUGGUGGUGAAAAGUUAUCGGAUAAACUCAUAAAAACAAGAGUGCUGAUUUUCGAUAAUGAAAGAUGUCAAGAAGUUUAUGGUGAACAUGUAAAUAUACAUGAGGGUCAUUUGUGCGCUGGUGCGUUAAAUGGGAAAGGGGGAACGUGUGUUGGGGACUCUGGUGGACCGUUGAAUUGUCGACUCCAUAAGGAUGGUCCCUACAUCUUAGCGGGAAUCACCUCAUUCGGGUCAGGAUGUUCGAAUAAGGGUUACCAUCCCGAUGUGUUCAUUCGAAUUUCCCACUACAUGUCAUGGAUAGAAAAAACAAUAUCACAAAAUUAAGACAUUUCAAUUUU